GCGUAUAUGAAUAAGACGCCCCGCCGCAUUUUUUUCAACCGCUAAUAACCGUCGCGCCCUUAAAUCGCGCCCACCAUUUCGUUUACUGAUUCAAUCCCUUUUCAACGUGCGCCCAUUACUGAUCCGAAGAAAUGGUGAAGCCCCUGAGAAGGCGGAAGAAACUCCUCCGAACCGACCCCCGUUUCCGGCGCCGGGAAGACUACUCUGUCACCGCGGCGGCGGCCGACGGCGGCGGGACGGACGAUUCUUCGUCGCUGUGUUCCUGCAGCGAGCCGAGUCUGGACAGCGGGGAAGACUACGGGAGCGCCGGAAAAGAGGAUUUCAGGCAGGCAGGGUUUACGGUUUUCGACGUCCCGGACGAGCUGACGGGGCGGCGUGACUCGGAGGGGAAGACGGCGGCGGCGGAAAGCGAAUCGGAGGGGAAUAGCGGCGGAAGAGGGAGGGCGACCGGUGGCGCGUGGAGAUACCGCGCGGCGUUGGUAAGCGGCGCGGCGUUUGGGGCGGUUUCGAUGGGGUUGCUGAUGGGGAGAUUCUCCGGGUGUUUUUACCACGUUGAAUCUCUGGUUGCUCUCACUCCCACUUGAGUCUAUCCAUAUUAAACCUUACAAUUAAUUCAUAGAUAAACAUAGUAAAAAAUAUGUACUCUAAUAGAGUAGUUUAGAUUUC